UCAUACAACCGUUCAGAUCUCUAGUGAUGGCUCCAAAACCUAAACUUGUUGUUAUCCAUCCUGUACAUGGAUACAAGAUCAAACCCCAGGAAGAUCUCAAGACGAUCAAGAGGAAUGCCAGGGAGAGAAACCGUGUUCAAACUGUAAACAAGGGUUUUGAGACCCUUCGUCUUCUUGUUCCAACCGCUUCCUGUGACAAGAAGAUGUCAAAAGUUAAUAUUCUUGGUCAUGCAGUUGAAUACAUUCAAUGUUUACACGCCAUGGUUCAAGGUUCGAGUACUCCACAGAGUCCAGGAGUAUCCAGUACCUCAGAUUAUCAUUCAUACUCCGAUACCUCAUUAUAUACUAACCAAUCCUACUCACACUGUAGUUCAUACUCACCCAAGACUUCUUACUCCUCAACCUACUCCCCUAGAACCCAAUAUACGCCCUCCAUUUACUCCCCCCAUCCUCCUUUCACACCUCACACUCCUUACUCCCCUCACACGCCCUACUCCCAGUCCCAGUUUAGUUUUCAGAAUACUGAGUUCUAUCCUAUCCACCAGAGUACUCCAACUAGUAAUACAGCUCUAGAAGAAGAAGAAGAGGAGGAGGAGGACGAUCUAUUGGAUGCUAUUGCUGAAUGGCAGGAGCACUCAGUUUAAUCUUGGUUAUUCAACCCAACCUUGUCCCAGCUAGGCAGCUUAGAAUUCAUCUCAAAGUUAUUUUUAACAUGGAGCUUAGUUAAACUUGAUAAAAUAAAACCUAAACCUAAACAACUAAGCUUGUAUCUCCUCCUUGUUUCUUAAUCUCCCACAAUACUAUUUAUCCAUAAAUCUCAAAUAGUACAACUUUAUCUCCAUCUCCUCCAUCAAUACUAUGUAUCCAUGAAUCUCAAAUAGUACAACUUUAGCUCCAUCAAUACUAUGUAUCCAUAAAUCUCGAAUAGUACAACUUUAUCGCCAUCAAUAUUAUGUAUCCAUAAAUCUCAAAUAGUGCAACUUUACCUCGCUUAACCAAACUGUAUGUAUUAAAAAGGCUGUGAUUUUCUUUAGUGUAUAAAUAAAUCUUAUAUUUAA